AGUUUACACCUGCAGGCCCUCACAGCAGCACCCCCGCCUUACUUGGCGUAGGCCCCGCACCGCUCCCUCUUGUCUUGCAGCCUCUAACGGACGUAACCUUGUAUUUGCAUACUACAGGCCAUCGCGCACCUUGGGGCAUUAGCUCUAGCAUACUAGCCGGAAUCGCGGUUGACAUCGUCGCCUUCGCAAUGACCGACUCUAAACCCCUUGUCCUCUACGACAUCUCUUCGCCUUUACAGCCUCGCUCAUACGCUCCUAAUCCCUCCAAGGCACGUCUCGCGCUGAGCUUCAAGAAAGUUCCUUUCAAGACUACCUGGGUCGAUAUACUCGAUAUUCCCGAUGUUCGGAAGGGCCUUUGCUGCCCACCAGUGCGGAAGUUCGACGACGGGACCGACUACUAUACCUUGCCUAUGUUGUUAGAUCCCACCUCGGGUAGAAUCCUAGGGGACUCAUUCGACAUCGCCAAUUAUCUUGAGGAGACGUUCCCUAGCUCAGGCGGCUGCCUCUUCCCUACGAACACCACCAGCACUGGACUCGACUAUGAGAGCCCGAACAAGGACGCGGCAUUCUUCGCGCCACUAACCUCGAACCUGGGGUCUAAAAACAAGGCCUACGCCAGGUUCAAUCAACAUGUAGACACUACUAUGUCUGCUCAUGUUGUACUUGUUGGCCAGUACCUUCCUCUCAACCCGGACACUGCCGAGGAGGUGAAGGCUGUGAUGAUCAAGCGCGCACAUCUCAGCUCCUGGGAUGAUCUCUGUAUUAGGGGCGAGGCAAGGGAGCAGAUCAAAGCGGCUUUCAAGGUAGCACUCACGUCACUGGCACAGUUGUUUAUGGUGCACGAAGGACCGUAUCUUGAAGGAAAGGAGGCGAAUUAUGCCGACUUUAUCGUGGGCGGAUGGCUGACUUUCCUGUCGGCGACAAUGCCUAGAGACGAGUGGGAUGAUUUCAGAACGUGGCAUGACGGGGUUUUUGCGCGACUUCAUGAUGCAUUGCAACAGAAUUAUUUCUCCUGUAACUAACUAAUGCGGGAGCGAGUGCUAUGUUGUUUAGCUGAAAUGCAUGUAACUGUUCGCCUAUACAGUUAACAAAGGAUCCGCUAUAGAUUUUCGACUCGCGUUCAGUCUACACG